GAAAGAGGUAAGUUGCAACGAUUCACCUAAGUGAUCAUAUGCAACGUUAUUUGUAGUACUGCUUGGUUGCUGUAUAGAAGUGCGGGUCGCUUUCAUUGGCGUGGUAGCUAGCACAGUGCUAACUUUAUGCUAUUUAACUUGAUUACCCUCGACGAAUGUUGAAUCAUGCACUCUACUUUUGUGUAUUGGGUCGCUUUAAGUUCACGUUGUAAACAAAACAAGUCGAAGUUGACGCCUAUUGCGUGAUGUUUGAGAUGUCCGUCUUUGAGAAAGAGAAACAAAUUUUUAUUGGCAAGAUCUUGGGUUGUGUCAUGGCGGUCGGUACACGUGGCAAUCUAGCAGACCAAACAACAACCCCCACCUUCCAGGUAAGAAAGUUUUGUACUGUCCGGAAAAGCGAAAGGAUUUCCUUAUAAGGCAAAUCUCUGACUACUUGGUAUGGUCACCUGACCAUUUGGUAUCUAUCUAUCUGUAUUGGAAGGUUACACAGCUCUGUGUGCUGAUUAAGCAGUCAUGUUUAUAUAAACGUCGUUGUACAUGUGACAAUGACAAUAAAGAUCGAUUCUAUAUGAAAUAAGAAGAUUUACACAUAUAUGAACAUGAAAAAUGAUAUAAAUUUGUCUAACCUGACCAUGAUUUGCGCCUGUCAAUUACUUCAACAAAUAGCUGACACUUUUGUUAGCCAACAGUCAUUGAAGCCGUUUUGUGAUUGCAGUGGGAAAAUGUCUGCAAGGACCACAGCAGCAAAGUACGUGAAAGAAAAGGACCGCUGUCGUCGACGACUGGAACAUCUUUGGCUGCAGCCUUAUGUUGUGUUGCGCAGAGCAGACAUCAGUGAAGCUAUUCGUCCUAAGCAGGAGGAGCCGGACCGCACACGCAUUAAAGACGAAGAUGUGGGCAAGGAGGUCCACCACUUCAAUGAACAAAUGGAGCAGAAGUUUCUUUGCACUAUAAAAGAGGAGGAGCGGCCUUGUCAGAAAGAGGACGGAGAGGACUCUUGCGACAUCAAAAAGGAGGAGGAAGAUACCUGCGAGAUGCCAUUGACUGGUGUACUUGUGAAGCGUUUAGAUGAGGCUCAACGUGAGGUGAGCAAAGGGGCGGAGCCUCCAAACUGCAGCUCAAGUCCAGAUAUGACCAGAGAAGGUGAUGGAGACCACUGUGGGGGAUCACAAGCAGCUUCACCAUCAGAUAGUGAUGAUGUGUUUUCACAUGUUCCUGCUGCUGCUGAUGAUGACUCUCAAAACAAACACAGGCAAUGUUCUCACUGUGGAAUUUGUUUUGCUCAUAGCAGUAGUUUGAAACAACACACGAGAAUGCACACAAGAAAGAAAAACUUUUCCUGUUCAGAUUGUGGCCAAAAGUUCUCUCAGAGGAGACAUUUAAAUACGCACACAUUAACCCACACUGGCGUGAAACCUUUUUCAUGCUCAGAUUGUGGCCAAAAAUUCUCUCACAGGGGAAGUUUAAAUAUGCACACAAGAAUCCACACUGGUGAGAAACCUUUUUCAUGUUCAGUUUGUGGCCAAAAAUUCCACACGGGGUGGCAUUUGAAUACGCACACAAGAACCCACACUGGCGAGAAACCUUUUUCAUGCUCAGUUUGUGGCCAGAAAUUCUCUCUGAGUGGAUCUUUAAAAAUUCAUACAAGAAUCCACACUGGUGAGAAACCUUUUUCAUGCUCAGUUUGUGGCCAAAAGUUCUCUCAGAGGGGAACUUUAAAUAGGCACACAAGAAUCCACACUGGCGAGAAACCUUUUUCAUGCUCAGUUUGUGGCCGGAAAUUCUCUCAUAGGGUACGUUUAAAUACGCACACAAGAAUCCACACUGGUGAGAAACCUUUUUCAUGCUCGGUUUGUGGGCAAAAGUUCUCUCGGAGGGGACAUUUAAACACGCACACAUUAACCCACACUGGCGAGAAACCUUUUUCAUGCUCAGUUUGUGGCCAAAAGUUCUCCUGUUGGCAAAGUUUAAAUAUACACACAAGAAUCCACACUGGCGAGAAACCUUUUUCAUGCUCAGUUUGUGGCCAAAAAUGCUCUCAGAGGGGAACUUUAAAUAUGCACACAAGAAUCCACACUGGUGAGAAACCUUUUUCAUGCUCAGUUUGUGGCCAAAAGUUCUCUCAGAGGGGAAAUUUAAAAAAGCACACAAGAAUCCACACUGGCGAGAAACCUUUUUCAUGCUCAGUUUGUGGCCAGAAAUUCUCUCGGAGGGCAAGUUUAAAUAUGCACGCAAGAAUCCACACUGGUGAGAAACCUUUUUCAUGCUCAGUUUGCGGCCAAAAAUUCUCUCGGAGGGGAGAUUUAAACACGCACACAAGAAUCCACACUGGCGAGAAACCUUUUUCGUGAUCAGUUUGUGGCCGAAAAUUCAGUCAUAAGCAUCACUUAAACAGGCAUACAAGAAUCCACAUUGGCGAGAAACCCUUUUAAAGCUCAGUUCGGCCAAACAGUCUCUCAGGGUAAACUUAAUCAGGCACGCAGGAGCCAAAGAGUCUCUGUUAAGAAUUCCGAGUGUUUUGGAGAGAUGAGCAAUGAUCCAUGAAGUUCUCACCUUCUAUCUGAGCAGACUUUAUGAGUUUAUGCAUCAGUGAUCGUUCUAUUCUAGUAUGCACCUUUUGAUUGAGAUGCUGAACUCCUCUAAGUUCAAUUCAUUUUAGUUUUACCUAUGAAUUUGAAAAUAAAGUGAACCGGCCUCGGGAUGAUACUAGUUUUGUAUUUUUCAUGAUACCUGGAGUUUAUUUUGUUUUUAGUUGUGUGUUCAUAUUUAGGGCAAGUUGCUUGGUUCUUAUUAGUGUCGGUUCAGGAUUUAGUUUUGUUCAGCUUUUCAUGUUCAUGCCUGGAAAGCGGACUUUAAACCGAUGAUGUGGAUAAGAAAAAUGAAAUAGUGUUGGAUAUCCCCCAUUUUUCUUCAACUGUCUUUUUUGUUACUUUACCUUACUAAUAACAUGUUAAAAUGUACUUGAGAUGUAUUAAGACAUUUCAUUAAAGAGUUGUUUACUUCACAGUA